AUGAGACUGCAACAGCAAGCACCCAUUGUACAGGGGAUUCAGAUGCGGAGUUGGGGGAAAUGGGUAUCCGAAAUCAGGGAGCCACGCAAGAAAUCGAGAAUAUGGUUGGGUACUUUCCAAACCCCUAAAAUCGAGAAUAGAGCAGUCUCAGUUCCAAACAUUUGCAGAGACAAAAUCGAGAACGCUCUCAAAAACCCCAAUCACCUCCCUUGUCUCUGGCUUGCUCUUGGUCACGCUCAAAGUAAUCUUCCCCUUCGAUUCCACCGCGUUCUUGACAUUCUCCUUCGCCAGCUCUUCCUCAUCCCCUCUCCCCGCCGGGGGCAGCGCCACCGCGUUGUCAUAACCCUGGGACCCGCCUAUGCCCUUUGGGUCCAAGAACGACGACCCUCUAUAGAUGGGAACCAAAAACUCGCCGCUGAAGCUCUCUGGUUUUCCAGAAGCAAAGAGCUGCUUCACCGUGAAGAGGAAAGGGACCCUCUCGCCUCCGGGGAGCUGGACGGUGACGGCGGCGUAGUCGAUGCCAUCUUUCUCCUCGAAUUUCAUGAUGUCGUCGGGGGAGAACUCGAAGGGGCCUUCUAA